UCUGCCCUAAGUUCGACUCCAGAAACCGUAUCCAUGGAGGACAAGGGCCCCACAAUAUUGGCCGUGAUGUGGUCGAUGACUGCACUGGCUCUGGUGUUGGUUGUCACUCGUCUAUGCGUUCGGCAGCGAAUACUUCGUAGCUUUGGACUAGACGACUGGUUGAUUACCUUCUCCAUGAUAUUCGGCCUUCUUUUCUCAGCCACUGCGGCAGUAUCGGUGGUGAAGGGAUUCGGCCAGCACACGGCUAGUCUUUCGACACAUGCUGCCGAGCAAGCUCUUCUAUGGAACAUGAUCUCCUUCAUCUUCGGCAUCGUCUCUUUUGCCCUUCCGAAACUCGCCGUUGCAGCCCUACUUCAUCGAAUCCUCAACCCAAUACGGAUCCAUCGCAUCAUUCUGUGGACACUCGUUUCCAUGAUUACUGUCAUUGCCAUAAUCAAUAUUUUGAUCUAUGUGACGAUGUGCAGUCCACCGCAAGGGCUUUGGAAGUCAACCUUGGUUCUAGAAGGAGUGGCGAAAUGUAGACCUGUCGACGUCUUGAUUGGGUUUGCAACAUUCAAUGGAGGUCAGUGGACCUUGGCCAACCGGCUCGCAUAUUUUGCUAAUGCUAGUUUUGAGAUAGCUUUUUCUGCAUUCGUCGACCUAUACCUCGCUACCUAUCCCGCCUUCAUUUUAUUCCACCUUCAAAUGUCUCUGCGCAAAAAGAUCGCAUUGAGUGCUGCCCUGGGCCUUGGGACGAUAGCAUCUGCUAUAGCUAUGGUUAAGUGUGCCCAGAUUGGGGGUCUCCGAGACCAAACUGAUCUGACCUACUCUACUGUUCCCCUAGUUAUUUGGACAAGUGUGGAGGCCAAUAUCGUCGUCAUUGCUGCGUGCAUGCCGACCCUGAAACCAGUUAUCGACUUCAUCCUCGUCAAAUUGAAAUUGACAACAUUGAGUGAUCAAAAAUACCAGUCCAACUCAUUUAGCCAGGGAAGGGUAUAUGCCAAGCCCGCUGUCGAGAGGAGCAACCGACAAGCUUCACAAUUCAAGAACAUUAGCGAGGAAAAUAUCCUGGGUGACCAGGAAGACCUGCAAAUCAGGCGCACCGACGAAGUCUACGUGGGAUACGAAUUGCAACCAAAUGCACCGGCAAAUCAAAAUCAAGGCUUUACAUAA